CGACAUCAAUUUAAUUGUUUAUUGUUCAUACAACGAGUAGCAAUAUCAGUUAUUUUUGAGAUUUACAGGCGUUCGUUUGUCGAAGAAAAUUGAAGAAAAAAAAAACCAUUUAAAAAGAGAAUGAGGUUUAAAAUCAUCUUCUUUGUACUCAGCAUACUUUUGAAUCAUUCUCAAUCCGACAAUCCAUUGCAAUGCUCACAAGAAGACUUCAAUUUAAGCAACUAUCCUGAAUGUCUGUCAGAAAGCUCAUGUAUCCUAAGGAAUUUAAAUACCAGCAAUGUUUAUGCCAUUGACCGUGCUAUUCAUGAGUUCAAGUGUCUGAUAUUCGUCGAUUCAUUUGUUCCGGAAAUCCCAAGCAAUAUUUUCAUGACGCUGAAAAGUAACAUAAGCCAUUUGUAUGCAAAUAACGUGAGCAUCAACGAACUCCGUAGAAUAUCAUUUCCAUUUGCACAAAAAUUAAAGUGUGUCGAUUUAUCGCAGAACUUAAUACAAAAUUUAAAUGAAAUGAUUUUUUAUGACGCUCCAAAUUUAGUGAGUUUGAACUUAUCGCACAAUUCAAUCGGUGAGUUUUCAUCAAAUGUGUUUGAUAAGUUGGACAGUUUACAGGUUCUCGACAUGAGCUAUAAUCAAAUUACAACAAUUCCGUUUGACUUGUUUUUGCCAUUGAACAAUCUUGUUGAAUUAAAUUUAAGAUACAAUCGUCUCCAACUUAAAUUUGGCAUUUUUCCGGAAAAUUUACAUUCGCUUGAUUUAUCUUACAACAAUUUGGAAAUUCAACAGAAAUUUAAAAUAUUCUCAUUGCUUCAAAAUUUAACAAUGUUAUUGCUGCACGGCAACAGAAUUGAAAGUAUGCAUCAAAGCAUUUACAAUUCGCAAUUACGUUUUUUGGGAUUGUCGGAAAAUCUCUUUUCAUGCAAUAUUCUUGCAGACAUCAUAUUAGCUAUGAAAGUUCAUAAGAUAGUUCCAUUAGUUGAGAAUUCUGUUAAACAUACGUCUAACAUUUAUGGAAUUAAAUGCAUUGAAUGAAUAUAGUCGAGAAAAUAAAUUGAAAUUUAAGCUGAAUAUUUUUGUAUGUCAUGUACUGUGA